AGCCGGCCAGCCAGCCGGCGGCUGUCGGUUCAAUCCUCGCCCGCCCAUUUCCUUGCGACGAGCCGCUCAGCCAUCGCCGUCAGCUUACCUUUAUUGCUCAUCGACACAGCAUAUUCACGAAGAGGUAACUAGUCUCCGCAGCCUUCGCUCGUCUGCUCGUCGUCUCGUACCUCCUCUGCCCUGGUUAAGUUUUAUUUUAUUUCUCUUCCCAUUCUCUCCUUUCGUUCCUUUCUCCCCUCUUAUUCUUCAUUCAUCCCUCAUCCUUUUUUUUUUCUCUUUAGUAUAAUUCUCCCUCCUCCUCCCUGUACCCUAGACCACGCGAUACGAUGGCCUCAACUCUAGCGAGGCCGCGCUCAGAGUCGCGCCUCGUGGUCUAUUACCAGACCACUCACGACCCGAGCGGCAAUCUUAUCUCCAUCCUGCCCUUGAUUACGAAGCCUGGCAUCUCGGUCACCCACAUCAACGUGGCCGCCAUCCACCUCAACGAGGACCCCAAUGCCAUGACCCUCAACGACCAUGCCCCCUCCGACCCCCGGUACACGACCAUGUGGGCGGAGCUGCGCAUCGCCCAAGCCAGCGGGAUCAAGGUCCUCGGCAUGCUAGGCGGCGCAGCCAAGGGCUCCUACACCCGCCUGGAUCAGGACCAGAAGACUUUUGACGCCUACUACGGCCCGCUCUACGAGAUGGUCCGGGAGAGGAGCCUCGACGGUCUCGACCUAGACGUCGAGGAGGACAUGUCGCUCGCAGGCAUCGUCCGCCUCAUCGACAGGCUGAGGUCGGAUUUCGGGCCUGCCUUCGUCAUCACCCUCACACCCGUCGCCACCGCGCUCCUCGACCCAACACGGAAUCUCAGCGGCUUCGACUACGAGGCUCUCGAGGUGAUGCGCGGGUCGCAGAUCGCCUGGUACAACGCCCAGUUCUACUGCGGCUGGGGGGACGCCAGCACCCCCCAUAUGUACCAACUAUGCAUCAGGAAAGGGUGGCAGCCCCAGAAGAUCGUUCUUGGGCUCGUAACGACGCCGAAAAACGGCCCGGGCUGGGUACCCCCCGAAAUGUUGGCCGCAACGCUCACCCUUCUGCGACACCAAUUCCCCAACUUCGGCGGCGUGAUGGGAUGGGAGUACUUCAAUAGCCUUCCCGGAGGCCAAGAACGGCCCUGGGAAUGGGCACAGCAGAUGACUAAAAUACUUUCUGGUCCUCUAGCUCGCCCGAGCACGCAGGCGAAGGCUGUAGCGACAACCCAGAAUACCCGAGUGGCAGAGAAGGAACUAGAUGGAGAAGACGGAGCAACUAUUCCCAAAAGUUUCGAGUACUACUCGGACGGCUCGAGUGAGGACGAGAGUCACACAUGAUUAUGAAUUCAGCAUGGCCGAGAUCGAGGAGAAGGGAUAGAAGAGCUACGAAAAGAAAGAAUCACCUGGAAUUGUCAGCACAGUAACCAUAAGGCCAGGCCAGGCCAGGCUUCGCAUAUUCCGUAACCGUUUGAUCUCUGCCACCAAACAACCC